CAUGCUGUGAAGGAGGCAGGGGAAAAACAGAGCGAGGAGAGACAGACGGAGAGGAGAGAGACGGGAGAGGAGGAGGAGAGAUGAUCCUUAUUCUUCUCUGCCUCUCAGUCUAGCCUGUGGCAUCCAUCCUUCUGCAUCCCUGCAUCCGUCCGUCUCUCCACAGCCCUGCACCCCAGGCGAUGUUGGACAUUCUUCCAAAGCAGCCGUGAACCACAAAAAGCUUGAAUGGGGAAAGCAGGAGAGUGUGUUAGUGUGUCCCUGAGGAACUACACAGCCCAGAAUUUAACUCUGCUCUGAGAAAGAACGAAGGAACGAAUUCUGUACCACUUUCUCUGCCAAAAAUAUCCAUGGUUACUUCACCAUGACUAGGACUUUAUGCCGUCGGAAGCAUCUAUAACAACAAUUAGAAUGUAAAUGAAAAAAAAAAAUCCUGGAGAAAUCUGAUCCACUUUCUGUUGCAGUUAUUCUCAUCACGUUUCCUUGAUCAAAGACCCGAUGCUGUCACGAAAGAGGAUGAAUGUGGCUCCGAAAGCGAUGGAUAUGGAAGCCAUUAAGAGCCCCAAUUAACUAAGUGCUACAAACGAGAUAUUUGAAUGAAGCCUCUUUGUCUCUAAACAAAUAUAAAAAAAAAAAAGAAAGUGGCCUAAAUUUUUUCCCACUCAGAUCCCGUCCGGUUUGCGUGGGCAGGUGUGGGGCUGUGCCGCAAUUCGUGGGUUAGGAGUGCGAUGCGGAUUGGAGGAUGUCAGGGGAUUGGGAAGAAGACUUGUGCAAGAAGGCGCUGGUGCUGGUGGAGGAGCUGUGCUUCCGCUCGGGAGGAUACAGCCAGACCGCCAGCUGCGAGGAGUUCAGAUACAUGUUGAGGGGACGCAACGGACAUAUUGACACAGAGAUCUCGGUCAGCCUUCUCUCCGUCAUCGUGACGUUCUGCGGCAUCGUGCUUCUUUCCGUCUCACUCUUCGUGUCUUGGAAGCUCUGUUGGUUGCCAUGGAGAGACAAAGAGGGCGGUGGUCUAAGCCUGACAGCUGGGCUUCUCCCUGGAGGGGCGGGGCUUCACGGGGUAGCUGGAGGCUCCUCCCUCCUCCCCCCUUUACUGCACAGGAAAGACACACACUCGUCAUCUUCUCUUUAUCCGUCUCUGGCACAGGCCGGCCAGCACCACCCUCACUUCUCUGACCUGAUGGGGGUGGAGGGCGGAGGGGCCAUGGUGGUGGGCGGGGUUGUGGGCGGUCCUCAGGAAAUGCAGGAGCACUCCUACCUGGACAUGGACUCCUACCCCAAUAACGCAGGGAAUAUUAAAUUGAGUCAGACGUCUCCUGAACUGCCACCUCCUGACACGGUGUCUGCUGCAAAGGACCUGACCAACGCCCACCCGCAACAGCCUGCCCCCAGGCCCAAGCCCAUGACUCAUCAGCUCUCCAGCCCUGAUUUCCACGGAGAGGAGAAGAGCGAGCAGGUGACCAGCAUCGGUCAGAUCAAGCCCGAGCUGUACCGGCCGCGGCAGGGCGAGCAGGGCGAGGGCAAGCAGGGCGACACGUGCGGAAAAAUCAGCUUCCUACUCCGCUACGCCUUCAAUACGGAACAGCUGGUGGUGAAGAUCCUCAAAGCUCUGGACCUGCCAGCCAAAGACGCCAACGGUUUCUCUGACCCAUACGUGAAGAUCUACCUGCUGCCUGACAGGAAGAAGAAGUUUCAGACCAAGGUCCACAGGAAAACCCUGAACCCGGUGUUUAACGAGACGUUCCAGUUCGGCGUGCCGUUGGCCGAGCUUCACUCACGCAAGCUGCACUUCUCCAUCUAUGACUUUGACCGUUUUUCCAGACACGACCUGAUCGGUCAGGUGGUGGUGGAGAACUUGCUGGACUUCAGCGAGGGCAGCGGGGACAAACCCAUCUGGAGGGACAUUGUGGAAGGGACAGCGGAGAAAGCUGAUCUUGGGGAGUUGAACUUCUCACUGUGUUACUUGCCGACAGCCGGCCGACUAACCGCCACCGUCAUCAAGGCCACUAACCUCAAAGCCAUGGACCUGACAGGCUUCUCAGACCCAUACGUGAAGGCGUCCCUGGUGUGUGAUGGACGCAGGUUGAAGAAGAGAAAGACAUCCAUUAAGAAGAACACGCUGAACCCCACCUACAACGAGGCUCUGGUGUUUGAUAUCCCUAACGAGAACAUCGAGAGUGUCUCACUCAUCAUCGCUGUCAUGGACUAUGACUGUAUUGGCCAUAAUGAGGUGAUUGGGAUGUGUCGUGUGGGCAGUGAUGCUGAAGGCCCCGGCAGAGAGCACUGGACGGCCAUGUUGGCAAACCCCCGUAAGCCCAUCGAGCACUGGCACCAGCUGGUGGAGGAAAAAUCUAUUAACACGUAUGUGUCAAAGACUGCUACAGCCUCGCCAAAACCGCACAUUGUGGUGGACAGCCCUCACUCCGACUAGACACAUGGGUCUGCAUUGCCGUUGCUCAAGACAUUCAUCUUUUCCCUCAUCUGUGAAUAAAUCUCUCCAUCAAUUGAAAGAAGUGAAAAACAGACACUGCUACAAACUUUUCACAGCACACACACACACACACACACACACCAAGUAGUCUAUAGACCCACUAUACACACACACACACACACACAAACACACGAGCAGGUACACACACCUCAAUGGAAGGCGUGGUCAGCAGGUGUGACAUCACACACAUGUUGGUUUAUUCAGGGGUAAACAAACACAUGAUGCACAUUCCCAAAUCUAAAGAUCUGAAAAUCUACAAAAUAUGUUUAUUUAGUUAUUUAAGACUGAGUGGGAAAAAAAGAGAUUUUUAAAAAGGAGCCGUAGCUGUAAUUUCACUA